UCAGCGGCCGCGGGGCGGGAGCGGUGGCUGCUCGGCGGGCGCGGAGCGGAGCGCGAAGCAGAGGCGCCGCCGCUGUCCCGGAGCAAGCCAUGCCGCGCUUGUCUCUGCUCUUGCCGCUGCUGCUGCUGCCGCUGUCCCCGAGCCUCGGAAUCCGCGACGUGGGCGGCCGGCGACCCGAGUGUGGUCCGUGCCGGCCAGAGGGCUGCCCGGCGCCUGCGCCCUGCCCGGCGCCCGGGAUCUCGGCGCGCGACGAGUGCGGCUGCUGCGCUCGCUGCCUGGGAGCCGAGGGCGCGAGCUGCGGGGGCCGCGCAGGCGCGCGCUGUGGCCCCGGCCUGGUGUGCGCGAGCCGGGCCGCGGGGGCGGCGCCCGAGGGCACCGGGCUCUGCGUGUGCGCGCAGCGCGGCACCGUCUGCGGCUCCGACGGUCGCUCGUACCCCAGCGUCUGCGCGCUGCGCCUGCGGGCCCGGCACACGCCCCGCGCGCACCCGGGUCACCUGCACAAGGCGCGCGACGGCCCUUGCGAGUUCGCUCCUGUGGUCGUCGUUCCUCCCCGAAGUGUUCACAAUGUCACCGGGGCGCAGGUGGGCCUGUCCUGUGAAGUGAGGGCUGUGCCUACCCCAGUCAUCACGUGGAGAAAGGUCACAAAGUCCCCUGAGGGCACCCAAGCACUGGAGGAGCUGCCUGGGGACCAUGUCAAUAUAGCUGUCCAAGUGCGAGGGGGCCCUUCUGACCAUGAGGCCACGGCCUGGAUUUUGAUCAACCCCCUGCGAAAGGAGGAUGAGGGUGUGUACCAGUGCCAUGCAGCCAACAUGGUGGGAGAGGCUGAGUCCCACAGCACGGUGAUGGUUCUAGAUCUGAGUAAAUACAGGAGCUUCCGCUUCCCAGCUCCCGAUGACCGCAUGUGA